GACUGUAUAAAUUCCAGAGGGCUCAGCCAGUAUGUCUACAUACAGCUGGAAAGCUGUAUUACCUUUGGUGCUGAAACUCAAAAGACAAUACCGGUUUCAAGAUGGGCUCCAUCGGUCCAGUAAGCACGGAGUUUUGCUGUGAUGUAUUCAAAGAGCUGAGAAUCCAGCAUGCCCGGGAGAACAUCAUCUACUCCCCUGUGACCAUCAUUUCAGCUCUGUCCAUGGUCUACCUAGGUGCAAGAGAUAACACCAAGGCUCAGAUAGAAAAGGCUGUUCACUUCGAUAAAAUCCCAGGGUUUGGAGAGAGUAUUGAAUCUCAGUGUGGCACAUCUCUGAGCAUCCACACUUCACUUAAAGACAUACUCACCCAAAUCACCAAACCAAGUGACAAUUACACGGUCGGCAUUGCCAAUAGACUUUAUGCUGAAGAGAAGUACCCAAUCCUGCCGGAAUACUUACAGUGUAUUAAGGAACUGUAUAAGGGAGGCUUGGAACCUAUCAGCUUUCAAACAGCUGCAGAACAAGCCAGAGAGCUCAUAAAUUCCUGGGUUGAAAGUCAGACAAAUGGAAUGAUCAAAAAUAUCCUUCAACCAAGCUCUGUGAACCCAGAGACUGAUAUGGUCCUUGUCAAUGCCAUUUACUUCAAAGGAUUGUGGGAGAAGGCAUUUAAGGAUGAAGGUACCCAGACAGUGCCAUUCAGAAUUACUGAGCAAGAAAGCAAACCUGUGCAGAUGAUGUUCCAGAUCGGUUCAUUUAAAGUAGCAGAGAUUCCUUCUGAGAAAAUUAGGAUCCUGGAGCUUCCAUAUGCCAGUGGGCAGCUGAGCCUGUGGGUGCUGUUGCCUGAUGACGUCUCUGGCCUGGAGCAGCUUGAGGCUGCAAUCACCUUUGAAAAUCUCAAGGAGUGGACCAGUUCUACUAGGAUGGAAGAAAGGAAAAUUAAAGUUUAUCUCCCCCACAUGAAGAUUGAGGAAAAGUAUAACCUCACAUCUGUCUUAAGAUCCUUGGGUAUCACCGACCUGUUCAGCUCAUCAGCCAAUCUCUCUGGUAUCUCUUCAGCAGAGAGACUGAAGGUGUCUUCAGCCUUCCAUGAGGCGUUUGUGGAAAUCCAAGAAGCAGGCAGUAAGGUGGAAGGCUCAAAAGGAGCUGGGGUGGAUGAUACAAGUGUCUCUGAAGAGUUUAGGGCUGACCACCCUUUCCUCUUCUUGAUCAAGCACAACCCAAGCAACAGCAUCGUCUUCUUUGGCAGAUGCUUUUCUCCUUAA